AUGUGUACAGGAGGGCUAAUCUGGCUUAGUGCCCUCUGUAAAGGUCUUGGCUAUCUGGAUAUCUGGUUGGAUGUUAUGUUUUGUAACAUCCAUAUGCUUGAGAUGAAAGAUAUCAACAGUGCUCUCUGUAACAGGAAUUCUUCCUAUCACCCCACUGGUGGUCCUGGAACCCCUAGAUUCUCUUCCCCACCUCCUAAGGAUGCCACCACCUCUCCAUACUAUCCUACCAAGAUUCUUGCUAUUAAGUGCCCUCUUUUGGGGGCUCAGGAUGAGAGAAGUGUCACCUGCCUUGUUGCCAAAGCAGGAAGCGGCAGUUCUGAAUGGACCCCUGUUACUCGUACCUACAUGUCUUCCAUGUCCAAGAGUCAGAGCAUGACCGACUUCCAGGAAGUAUGGUGCCAUAUGCCUGCCAUGGUGGUAUCGGACACAGCUGUGUCGCUGCCCCCAAAACCUCUGUGCUGUGCCCACAUAUCCCUCACCGUGAGCCUUGGUGAGCCAGGAUUGCCCUACCACCUCUGGCGUUUCACCUUUUCCAGAAGGUCAGCCUCUAGAAACAAGUCUGAGAAGAAGCGCCGGGACCAAUUCAAUGUUCUCAUCAAAGAGCUCAGCUCCAUGCUCCCGGGCAACACGCGCAAAAUGGACAAGACGACCGUGCUGGAGAAGGUCAUCGGAUUCUUGCAGAAACACAACGAAGUCUCAGCCCAAACAGAAAUCUGUGACAUUCAGCAAGACUGGAAGCCUUCAUUCCUCAGUAAUGAAGAAUUCACCCAGCUGAUGUUGGAGGCAUUAGAUGGCUUCAUCAUCGCAGUGACAACAGAUGGCAGCAUUAUCUAUGUCUCUGACAGCAUCACGCCUCUCCUUGGGCAUUUACCGUCGGAUGUCAUGGAUCAGAACUUGUUAAAUUUCCUUCCAGAACAAGAACAUUCUGAAGUUUAUAAAAUGCUUUCCUCCCAUAUGCUUGUGACGGAUUCCCCCUCCCCAGAAUUCCUAAAAUCUGACAACGAUUUAGAGUUUUAUUGCCACCUUCUCAGAGGCAGCUUGAACCCAAAGGAAUUUCCAACUUAUGAAUACAUAAAAUUUGUAGGAAAUUUUCGCUCUUACAACAAUGUGCCUAGCCCGUCCUGCAAUGGCUUUGACAACGCCCUUUCCAGACCUUGCCGCGUGCCCCUAGGAAAGGAGGUCUGCUUCAUCGCCACCGUGCGUCUGGCGACACCCCAGUUCUUAAAGGAAAUGUGUGUAGCUGACGAACCUUUAGAGGAAUUCACUUCGAGGCAUAGCUUGGAAUGGAAAUUUUUAUUUCUGGAUCACAGGGCCCCUCCCAUCAUAGGAUACCUGCCCUUUGAAGUGCUCGGCACCUCAGGCUAUGACUACUACCACAUCGAUGACCUGGAGCUCCUGGCCAGGUGCCACCAGCACCUGAUGCAGUUUGGCAAAGGGAAGUCAUGCUGUUACCGGUUUCUAACCAAAGGACAGCAAUGGAUUUGGUUACAGACCCACUACUACAUCACCUACCACCAAUGGAAUUCCAAGCCCGAGUUCAUCGUGUGCACUCACUCGGUGGUCAGUUACGCAGAUGUCCGGGUAGAAAGGAGACAGGAGCUGGCUUUGGAGGACCCACCCACAGAGGCCAUGCAUCCCUCCGCACUGAAGGAAAAGGACUCCAGCCUGGAGCCCCAGCAGCACUUUAAAGCACUUGACAUGGGUACCUCGGGUCUAACUACCAGUCCUUCGCCGUCAGCGUCCUCAAGGAGUUCCCACAAGUCCUCGCACACAGCCAUGUCAGAACCCACCUCCACGCCAACCAAGCUGAUGGCUGAGAACAGCAACACAGCUUUGCCAAGAUCGGCCACCCUACCCCAGGAGUUACCAGUGCCGGGACUCAGUCAGACGGCCACAAUGCCGGCUCCCCUGCCUUCCCCAUCAUCCUGUGACCUUGCAAAGCAGCUCCUCCCUCAGACAAUCUUGCAGAGUCCACCUGCUCCCAUGACACAGUUUUCAGCACAGUUCAGCAUGUUCCAGACCAUUAAAGACCAGCUGGAGCAGAGGACGCGGAUCCUGCAGGCCAACAUCCGGUGGCAGCAGGAGGAGCUUCACAAGAUCCAGGAACAGCUCUGCCUGGUCCAGGACUCCAACGUCCAGAUGUUUCUGCAGCAGCCAGCUGUGUCCCUGAGCUUCAGCAGUGCCCAGCGACCAACAAGCCAGCAGCAGCUGCAGCAAAGGCCUGCAGCAGCCGCUCAGCCCCAGCUCGUGGUUGACAGUCCGCUGCCAGGGCAGAUCACGUCAACCCAAGUCACAAGCCAGCACCUGCUCCGAGAAUCGAAUGUGAUAUCCACCCAGGGUCCAAAGGCCAUGAGAAGCUCACAGCUGCUGCCCGCCAGCAGCCGGUCAGUGAGCAACCUGUCAUCCCAAUUCAGCAGCGCGGCCGCUGUGCUUCCGCCAGGCCUGAGCCUCACCACGGCUGCUCCCACCUCUCAGGAUGCCAGCCAGUGCCAGCCCAGCCCUGACUUCGGCCAUGAUCGGCAGCUCAGGCUGUUGCUGAGCCAGCCCAUCCAGCCUAUGAUGCCCGGGUCCUGUGAUGCCAGGCAGCCCUCAGAAGUCAGCAGGACUGGACGGCAAGUCAAGUACGCACAGAGCCAGGUCAUGUUUCCAAGUCCAGACUCGCACCCGGCCAGCAGCAGUGCCUCCACCCCUGUCCUGCUGAUGGGGCAGGCGGUGCUCCAUCCCAGCUUCCCCACGUCCCAGCCAUCACCGCUGCAGCCAGCACAGGCGCAGCAGCAGCCGCCACCGCACUACCUGCAGGCACCAACGUCUUUGCACAGUGAGCAGCCGGACUCGCUCCUUCUCUCCACCUUCUCCCAGCAGCCCGGGACCUUGGGCUAUGCCGCCGCAACCCAGCCCACACAGCCUCAGCCCCCACGCCCUUCCCGCAGGGUCAGUCGACUGUCAGAGUCCUCAGGUCUCCAGCAGCCACCCCGAUAGUGCCCUGACACUGGAGUCCAGAUGCAACCAGCUUUACCAAUGGAAGAGGGGGGAGAGGGGAAUAGCCGUGGGAAACGGGAAGAAAGGUUUACGUGACUUUGGCACACCCUGUGUACAUUUCAGAACUCCCUAUGGUAAUGAGUCUGGAGUGUGGCACUGGCAGAAUGGGGGAAAGAACAGGAAUACUGGCCAUGAUUCCCUUGCCCCGAAGUUCUCGGGCAUCCGCUACAGCCAUACUAGGCAGGAACCAAGUGCCCCCCGUAAGGGGGUUCCUGCUCUGUUUGCAGAGGUGGUACCUCUCGCUGCCUCCAGGAGAGAGAGCGCCAGGUACUCUACCGACUGACACAGGUCCCAAGCCCUGGCUGGCCUUCACUCUCUUGAUGGUCUUUCCUUUAUAGUCAAGGACUAUGUUAGAGGUCUUUGGAGAGA